GUACCUGUUGUCACCAAGUGUUGAACUGUACAGAGAUAGAUGACGUACUGGAGAGGUACUACCUGUCACCGUCCUAUGGCCUGGAGUUCUGCAUUAGUUUCCCUGGGAAUCUCGUGGUUGUACUCGGCUACCUCUUCUAUUUAAGCUUCCAGUAACUACAGCUGGACUACGUGAUGGUGUUGAACUGUACAGAGAUAGAUGACGUACUGGAGAGGUACUACCUGUCACCGUCCUAUGGCCUGGAGUUCUGCAUUGGUUUCCCUGGGAAUCUCGUGGUUGUACUCGGCUACCUCUUCUGUCUGCCCAAGUGGCAGAGCUGCAAUGUUUACCUCUUCAACCUGGCAGUGUCUGAUCUCAUCUUUCUCUGCACGUUGCCACGCCUCUCCUACCUCUACGCAAAUCGCCAAAAGGAGACCAGCGCCUACGCGUGCAUCAUCAACCGCUAUGUCCUGCAUGUCAAUCUCUACUCAUCCAUUCUGUUUAUGGUCUGGCUCAGCAUGGAUCGUUUUUUGCUCAUCCGACACCCGGCGCGGAACCACUUCCUGCUGAGGCCACGGGCGGCAAUGGUCGUGACCGCGCUGAGCUGGCUCGCCGUCAACGUGGAAGUGAUCCCCAUGAUAGCGCUGAUGCUCCAGGAUCUGCAGAGGGCAAACUGGAGUCGCUGCAAUGACUUUGCCAGCCUCCAGGGGGACAUCGGUGUUCUGAGCUACAGUUUGGGGCUCACCCUAUCCGGAUAUGUCCUCCCUCUGCUUGGACUGUGUGGUUUCUCCCACCAUAUCGCACGCUUACUGCAAACCCAGGAAGAGGCAAUACGUCGCAAAACGGCACUGUAUAAGCGACCCUUGAGGGUUGUGGCGUCAGCGGCAGCCAUGUUUCUGGUUCUGUACACUCCAUACCACAUUAUGAGAAAUGUCAGGAUAGCAUCCCGACAGGCCUGGGCAGGUGUGCAGUUGUGUUCAAGGAUGUACAUAGAGGGAGUCUAUAUCUUGACCCGACCACUGGCUUUCCUGCACAGUGUCAUUAACCCUGUGUUCUACUUCUUCAUGGGUGACAAGUUCAGAGAGCUCCUACUUAAAAAGUUUAGAAAGCUUGUUAACAACAAAAAAACAGCCAAGAGAACCGCAGUGAAGAACUUACAAUAGUUCACUCAAGUGGAGUACUGCCCUCACAUUUCGGCAACAAUCAUCUUGUCAUUGGACAAUAAUACUGUAAUUUCCAGACUAUAGAGCACACCUAAAUAUCAGCACCACCCACUUAAUUUUUGGACACAUUUUUUGUUGUACAUUGAACAGGUGUAUACAUUGAAACAUUAAGGACUUAUACAGGCGCUUGACUUCAUUCACAAGAGUAACAAGGACAGUGCUUACAACCCGCCAUACAGUAAUCUACCAGAGGUGUCACUGAGCGCUGAGCUUCUUCUUACUCAUGCGCUUGGGCCGCCUUCUUUGGUUUAGUUUAGUUUAGUUUAUUAAGGAUCCCCAUUAGUCUACACCGCAGCGGAGACUAUUCUUCCUGGGGUCCAGGCAAAAAACAUCACACAAUCACAAAACAAAAGAUUAAAAUGCAGUACAACAUGAUCAAAUAAUAAAAUGUUGUAAUACAAAAAUAGCAACAACAAAGAACCAAAAAAAUAAUAAUAACUUCGAGUUUACAUAAUAUUGUUCAUACCAAAGAUAAAAAGAGCAAUAUAAAAAUAGAUGUAUAUAUAUUUUUGCAAAAAAUAAAUAAAACAAAGAACCAAUGGCCUAAAAUAUAUACAUUAGUGUACCAAAGACAAACAGUAAGUGACGAAAAAAGUUCCAUCCACCAUUUUCUACUGCUUGUCCCAUAAUCAAUAAAAUAGUCAAUAAAAACAGUCAUGACAUUAGGUACAAUCUAGAAUAAUCUCUUUCCGCAAUACUUCUCCUCUUAGUCUAUUCUUAAAACCCACUCUGCUGGUGAUUGAUACCAGAUAUUGUGGAAGUCGAUUCCAGUAAGUGAUUGCCCUAUACAUUACAGUCUUUUUCAAAACAUCAAUUUUGGGUUUAAGACGGGUGAAAGCACCUCUUAGGGCUAACCUGGUACCAUAGUUGUGACUUUCACUAGCAAGCAACAACUGAGAAUACAGAUAUGAAGGUUUAUGAUAUGUAUAGAUUGUUUUUAAAAAUAGAAUCAAACUACACGCUACUCUUUCACCAACUC